CAGAGUAUUAAGAAUAUGUUCGAUUCCUUUGAAAGCUUCGAGAAAGCUCUUAAAGAGAUCUUUGGUAAUCCCAAUAAAGAAUGUACUACAGCUCAGCAGCUUAUGAAUCUCAAACAAACCAAGUUAGCUUCUGCUUAUACAAUCAGAUUCAAGCAAUUCUUAGUACAACUUCUGUAG